AUGUACAGUUCUGAUCAAUUACCACCAAAAGCAGAUCUACGUGAUUCCAUGACUCCAGUUGAGGAUCAAUCUCAGAUUGGCAGUUGUUCGGCAAAUUGUCUUGCUGGUGCUUAUGAAUAUUUAACAAAGAAACAAAGUGGAAAAAAUGUUGAUGUUAGUCGUUUAUUUAUUUAUUACAAUGGUCGUGUUAAAGAAGAUAAUGAUGCUACUAUAACUGAUUCAGGAUGUACAAUGACAUGUGCCAUUGAAGCAUUAGAACAAUCAGGUGUUUGCCUAGAAUCAAUUUGGCCUUAUGAUAUUUCAAACGUAAAUGAACGUCCAUCUGAUGAAGCCUAUCAAGCAGCAGAGCCUCAUAAAAUAACUCAAGCAUUACAAGUUAAUAUCGAUUUAAAUGAAAUGAAAUCAUGUUUAGCACAAGGUUUUCCAUUUGCAUUUGGUUUAAAACUCUAUACAUCAUUUGAUAAAGCUACUAAUACUGGUGUUGUACCAAUGCCAAGUGAUUCUGAUCGUAAUCGAGAAUCCGAUGGAAGUCAUGCUCUGUUAGCAGUCGGUUACAGUGAUCAAUCACAAUCAUUUAUUGUUCGAAAUUCAUGGGGAGAAAAUUGGGGUGAUAAAGGUUAUUGUUAUAUUCCAUAUGAUUACAUAGCAAAUUCCGAUUAUUGUUUUGAUGUGUGGACUGUUCGAAAAAUGGAAACUGAUGAUUUUGGUCAAGAUCAUUGGGAUCAAGAUGAUUCAACUGAUUAUCGACAAAUGAGUAAUGACGAUGAUUAUAGUAAUAGUAUCAUUCAAGAUUUUGAAGAUGAAAGAUUUGAUUUCAAUGAUGACAAUUGA